AUCGAUUUGCGGAUGACGAAACUUGUGGUCCGUUGGGAGUGAGCCUGUAAUCCGGCAUCCAAUCCGCAGUUCCAGUGCAUUGUAUACUAUUUAACCUCCCCUUUCUUGACGUUUGUUGUCCAAAUGGAUCCAGCUGCUUUACUCUCAACCGUACGCGAUAACCUGCUGGCGGUGACUCGCUCAGCCACUUUGCUCGACGUCGUUGCAGUCACCGCUGCUAUUUGGGCACUUCGUGGUGCCCUGACAGCUGCCCGGAGGUCCUUCAAGACUACCAAGCUUCGCGGGCCACCCAGGGCCGACCUGAUAUAUGGCGCAUCUAAGCGAAUCUUUGAAGCACCAGAUGCCGGUGCCAUAUAUGAGGCAUGGGCUAAGGAGUACGGCGUAGCCUUCGAGGUCCCGACUACCCUUGGCGGGACGAAGAUCAUGUUAACCGACCCAAGAGCACUUGCACACUACUAUGCCAGGGAAACGUGGACAUACGUUCUAACUGAAUCGGCUAGAUUUUUCCUUCAGCGCAACUUUGGACGAGGGAUACUGUGGUCACAAGGUGAAGACCACAAAAGGCAACGCAAGUCGUUGACCCCUGCGUUCAGCCAAGCUGCAAUAAGGCACCUUACCCCUAUCUUUUACAAUUCUGCUCACAAAGCGAAAGCCGCGUGGGAAGCCAUGAUUGACGCUAGUGAUGGCGACAGCACUGUUAUCGAGGUCCAGAACUGGAUGAACCACAUUUCACUUGAUACCAUCGGGUUUGCAGGGUUCUCUCAUGAUUUCGGUUCUCUUGACGGCAAACCAGCCUCAGUAACUGAGAUUUUCGAUACGUUCGGAUCGUCCUCCAAACGAUCAGCAGUAAAUGUCGGCCUCCUCCUCCUCUCACAAGUGAUCCCUCUGUUGUCUUUUAUCCCGACAUCGAGGACUAAACUGCUUCGUGAGAUGCAAAGAACUAUGGAGGAUAUAUCGACAGAGUUGCUAGCAAGGACAAGGAAAGAGAAGGAGGAAGGAGUUCUUGACGGGAAAGAGGAUAGGUCAAUCAUUGGGGUGUUGGUAAAAGCCAACGAUUCGGACUCUUCCAUUCAUUUGACUCGUGAAGAGGUGUUGGCGCAAAUGAAGGUCCUCCUAAUUGCUGGGUAUGAAACGACGUCUAUCACCAUGACAUGGGCAUUGCUUGAACUGGCGGGGAACCCCGACAUACAAAGCAAACUGCGACAAGAACUCUUAGCUUUCGGUGAAGAACCGACGUAUGACCAGCAACAAAGUGGUUUACCCUACCUCGAUGCUGUGGUGCACGAAACCCUGAGAGUGCAUCCGCCCCUGACAGAUUUUGUUCGUGUGGCGGCGGAGGAUGAUGUUAUCCCUCUCUCAGAGCCCGUCGUCACUCAGUCUGGCGAAACCGUCAAUAGCAUCUCCGUCGCACGUGGCACUCGAAUCGGCAUACCUGUCUCUUGUAUCAAUAGAUCUGUCGAAAUAUGGGGAGAAGAUGCAAAAGUUUUCCGCCCAGAGCGUUGGCUGGAAGAAGAUGGGAUCCCAAGGAAGGCAAAUGACAUUCAGGCAUACCGACAUUUAAUGACAUUUGUCGAUGGCCCGCGGACUUGCCUUGGCAAGGGCUUUGCGGUGGGUGAGUUUAAGGCGGUUAUGUCAGUGCUGGUGAAGAACUUCGUGUUUGAAAUGAGAGACGGACCCGAUACGCAGGUGGAGCUUGGCAGAGGAUUAUUGCCUAGGCCCAGGAUAGUUGGAGAACAGGGUACUGCCGUGCCGUUGCGCGUACGCCGGUACGAAGGAUGAAUCGAUGAUCAUGGACGGUCUGUAUUUGCGUUGGCCUACGAAAUGCUAAACUAUGUACUAUCUGUUU